AAAACAAAUGUCAGUAACUGUCAGUUAGUGAAUGUAGUUUGUUGGCCGGUUCUGUAAAUUUUAAAUUUUUAUUUUAUUUUGACAAAUAAACAUGUGUACCUUAAUUAAUAUGUAUAUUAGAAAAUCAUAAAUUAAAUUCAACGUAGAAAUGUAAAUAAUGGAUAGUGAAUUAGAAAAAUCGGUACUUCUUAGCACAUUUCACUGUGGCAAGAAGAAAAUAAGGAUAAUUUUGCAUCAAGGAAAAAUCGUCUGGGAUAAUGAAAAACCUCCAUCAGAGAAGAGAACGUUGCCACUUGAAAAUGUUAUUUCUGUUCAACAAAACUAUAAAAGAAAUACCAAUCCUAGUGAUUUACAACAAUUAGACCCCUAUAUUUUCACUAUUCAUUAUGCAGAAAGAAAUAAAGGAUCCAAAUGGGUGUAUAAAAAUUUAACUGUUAAGCAUUCAGAUUCUGCACAAGUAACCAUGUGGGUAAAAACUCUUCAAAAUUAUUUAAAAAAUUUUAAAAGUCGGCCAAAACACCUGCUCCUCUUCGUGAAUCCAUUUGGAGGUAAAAAAAACGCAAUGCAAAUUUACGAAAAGUUCGCCAAACAUUUAUUUAGCAUAGCUGGCGUAGAAGUCACCGUGAAUGUUUCUCAAAGAAAAGAUCAAAUCAAGGACUUCAUAGUCAAUCAUAGCUUAGAUAUAUUCGAUUCCGUUGCUUGUGUUGGCGGAGACGGCACCGUUUCCGAAUUAUUUAACGGUUUAGUUUUAAGAGAAUGCAAAAUUAGAGGAGUAGAUCCCGAUGACAUUGAUCAAAAUUUGCCUAGACCUAGAAUUCCUAUCGGCAUCAUACCAGGAGGAAGUACGGAUACCAUAGCGUAUUGCAUUCACGGUACAGAUGAUCCCACAACAGCCGUUUUGCAUAUAAUACUUGGAGACAAAUUAGGACUAGAUUUAGUAUCGGUUUAUGAUGAACAUAACUUGCUUCGUUUGUACGCCAGCGUUUUGAGUUAUGGUUACUUAGGUGAUGUUGCUUAUCAUAGUGAUCAGUAUCGAUGGAUGGGCCCCAGAAGAUACGACUACUCAGGGUUUAAAAAAUUAGUUAGCAAUAGAGGUUACCAUGGGGAAUUAGCCGUUUUUUCCGAGAUGGAGGGAGGAGUCGUCGAGGAAAUACCUUGCCACGAAAAAUGUGAUAAAUGCGAAUCUAGCAAAAAACUUCAAAUAGGCGAAUUAGGAUGUAAAUGGCAGACUUUUUCCGGUAAAUUCUUUAUGGUCAGCGGCGCUAACAUCAGCUGUGCUUGCGCCCGGAGUCCAAAAGGCAUCGCCCCUCACGCUCACCUGGGGGACGGGAUGGUCCAUUUAGUGCUGGUCAAGCACACGUCAGUAUUGAACAAUUUGAGGCUAUUAUUGAGGUUGUCCAGCAGCGAUUCGUGCAUUGAUGAUUUGCCUUUCAUCGAGAUUUUGAGCGCCAGAGAAUUCUGCUUCCGUGCCACAGAAGGCAGCAGCAAAUGGAAUUGCGACGGGGAGGUGCAACACCAGAUUAACAUACGUGCAAAAGUAAGAUGUCAAUUGCUCACCAUAUUCAGUAGAGGAAGGCCAAAAGAUAAUUCUAUAGAUCCCACUUGUUGUGGAUUUUGAGGUUUUUGAGAAAAAUUAUAUUUUUAAAGUAUUGACUCAAGUAUUGCAAAAUCUCUAUUCCUAUGGAUAGUAUUAUUUUUUUCUACAUUAAUAUUAUGCCUACUUAAUGGAACUUCAAUCACAUUUUAUUCAUUCCGUAUUAUUUUGUUUUACCUAUACGUAUAAUGUAGCCAAAAAAAUAAAUUAUUUUGUAAAUCAU